AUGAAGAUUGGCGCUCUUCUUUUUGGCGCAGCACUGGCGCAAGGCAAAAAAUCGGAGCGGGAACUUAAUGACGACGUACGAGAUCAUUUCCGAACUGAAGAAGAAGCUAAUGAAUUUCUCAAGUGGCGACGCGAGAAGUACCAACGGGAGAGACACGAAGAACGCCGCGAUCAAAAGUAUGAAAUCAUCGAGGACCAACGCGAAUUCGAGCGCUCCAGAGGCGGAAACGAUCGCAGAUCCAGAGAGUAUCAAAAAGAACGAGAAGAGGAGCAAUACGACAGGCUGGAAGAAGAGCGCGAAUACCGACGAGAAGAAAAGCGCCGCCGAAACCGAGACUUGUGA